AUGAAUAAUACGGGUGAAUCAGCUGAAAAUGUUACUACAAAGAAACAAGAUUCAUCCACAACUUCAACGGAUUCAAUUGAAACAUUUCAAUUAGAUUUUCAUCGUGUUCACGUUCAUUUCUUAUUUUCGGAACAAGAGAAAAAAGCUAUAUUUGAACGUUUUAAUGAAGCAAAACAAUUUUUGACAAAUGUUAUUUCAGCUGAUCCUCGUUGUACCCGAGUAUGGGCAAAUAUUAUUGCCGAUGCUUAUGAAAAAAUUACAGUACAUUCAUCAACAUCACAAAUUAUUCAACUACUUUUUAGUACAUCAACUAUCACAACAUCUAGGUUACAAGAAUUGAUUGCAACAAAAACUAUUAUCACCAUUGUUCAUCCGGAUGCAGCAGCAAAUCCAUUGGUUCUUGAUCCAGUUAGAACCAAGGAAUAUGCAACAACAACAAGAUUUGAAUAUAAAGCCUUAAUUGCAAUCAAUCCAAUGGUAUUUAACAAUGAAACAACAAUUCAUGGAAGUCGUAUUUCUCGUGAAUCAUGCACUUUGUUUUUGGCUAUUCUUUUAUCACAUGAAAUUACUCAUGCAGUUAAAUAUAUUGGUGAAAAACAAAAAACUACACCAGAAUUAUCAUUUUUUAGAACAUAUUCAAGUCCUGAUGAAUAUGAUGGUGGAAAUGCAUUGGAACACGAAUUGUUUUGUGGUGAAAUGCAUAUUAAUCGUGAUUGUACAUUUCGUCGAUUAGGAUUAAAACGUCAACGUAUAAAUGAUAGUAGAAAAACUCAUUAUGAUUAUUCCGAAUCAACUGAUUAUGAAAAUAAGAACGAUGAAGAACUUGUACCUCUACUUCGUUAUCAUACACGAACAAGUGUUUUUAAAGAAAUGGAUAAUGUUAAUCCAAAUGAAUAUUAUCAAUCGUUGUUAAAGUACCACUGUAAAAAAGACACUUCGCAAGCUGAAUCUCCAGAUGAUCCACUAUUAUCAUGA